GUUUUUUUUUAAUUUUAGUAUGUUGUUUACACUUUAAAGUGUUGUUACUUUACUCUAAAUGCUAUCGUUUCUUUGCUUUGCAGGUAGAUAAACUAGAAACCUCAGAGUCCCUACGGAAAGAGGAGGAGCAGGCAACGGAGACGCAACCCAUCGUCUACGGCAAUCCCCAGCUGAUGCUGACAGCGGGCCCCAGCGUACCUGUGGCCCCCCAGCAGCCUUACGGCUACGGGUACCAGGCGCCUGCAGGAUACAGUCAGCCAGCAGCUCAGCCCGGCUUCGGCUACGGCAUGUAAAGACCCCUCCCCCUUAUCUCCACAUGCAGGCUGGAGCAACCAUCCAUCCAUGUCCCACAGUCCUUCACCAGACCAUUAGCGUCUCUCUCUGCCCUCGACAGGCAGCGGGGCACAAAACAGACACCCUCUUUUUUUUUUUUCUUUUUUUUUUUACUUUUCCCCCUUUUUAAACUGUCAUGAAGGACUCAGUUUUAUUUGUCGUCAAAGAAAAAUCACAAAGAUUAAUUUUCUCACAUUCCGUGUCGACUAGAUUAAUUUUUUUUCUUUUUGUCUAUUUUAUUUGAAUGGGAAAUGGUUUAUGUACAAUGGGGGGGAGGGGGCGGGCUUGUGGGAAGAGCUAGUUCUCUUCUGGGUUUAUAAAGAAAAGGUCUGUUGUGAAGCAUCUGAUUUGCACUCUGUAGUGAGAAAAAAUUAAUGUAGAGCCUCUUCCUUUUGAUGUGUGUGAGCAGCUUCUUCUGUCCGACUGUAAAAUGCAUUUAAUUAUUGUAUAUUCAGACACACACAAUAAAAAAACGCUACUAUGUUCCUCUAUAUUUGAACAUGCCGCUACCAUGACCACAAUCCUGAAACACUACGUCUGGUCCCCCCACACACACACACACACUUCAGGGCUGAAGAAAACUCGAGAGUAUUUUACAGACGAUUCCAGCAAAGCCAAUGCAGGUAACAAAAUUUAUUCACAUGACGUUUCCGUGUGCUUGUCUAACGUGGGACCAUUCCACCUCAGGAGGGACUGCAGACCUGUUUGUGAGCGACUAACACGCCCCCUCUUCUAUGCUGCGGUUUGUUUCUGCUGGAUGUCAUUUUUAGGUGUUCAGGAGAGAGAUUUUUUUCAAACUUUGUUCUCCUCGUGUCUCGUCGAGGGUUGCCUUUAACCUUUUUUUUCAGCUGACGCGCUCAUCCAGCUCAGUAUGACAGGACUUGUGGUAAUUUUGAAGUUUUUAUCAAAGGCUUGCGUGUAUACAUGAAAUCAAUCAUUAACUCCUUUGAACUUAUAUUCUUAUCUAAAUUACCUUAGAUUUAAAUUGUGCACUUAAGAUACUUGAUUGUGCAUAUUCAGGAUCAUAAUGAAUGAAACGGCAGUUUUGUUUUCCACUUAAAAAAAAAAAAAAAAUAAAGGCUUCUUGUUUGUCAA